AUGACGUUGGAUGCAGAUGAGUACUCCAAGCUCUCAUUAGAUGAGCAAAAUGAAUAUGAUACUAAGCAGAGGAAGCAGGAGCAUGCUGAACAGGCAGCGUUGCCUUAUCGAUGGUCCCAGAAACUGGAUCAUGUGGAAGUGAAUGUGCCAGUGCCCUCAGGAACGCGCGCGCGCCAAGUGCAAGUCACCUUUAAGUCUAAAGCCCUUUCCGUCAAAGUAAACGAAACAGUUUUUGUCGAGGGAGCUUUGCCUAAACCUGUCAAAGUGGAUGAGUGCACUUGGACCAUUGACGGUGACAUUUUAUCUGUGCACCUUGAAAAAGCGAAUCAAAAUGAGUGGUGGCCUCAUGUCGUGACGCAUCAUCCAAAAAUUGAUACAUCGAAAAUCGCACCGGAGGACUCUAAACUGAGCGACUUGGAUGGCGAGACUCGAGCCAUGGUAGAAAAGAUGAUGAUGGAGAACCGUCAAAAGGUGUGCUCGAGCUAA